GCGAGGGCAGCGGCAGCGCGCUCCCGCCCGGCGGGCCGGGCAGGCAGCCCCUCCUCCACCAAGAGAGCCUUUCUUUGGACUCCAGUUGCUUUUCUCCUCCACCUGUGAAUUUCCUUCAAGAAUUGCCAAGCUACCGGUCUAUUGCACGGAAGAGGAACAUCCUUACCCGAGACAGGCAAAGUGGCACUUUGCUGAAGCCAACAGACUCUUAUACCUCCCAGCUGGAGGGAGGAAUCUCUGAAAACUUUGAUAACCAAUCCAUUCGAAAGUAUGCAUUGAACAUUUCUGAGAAGCGGAGAUUAAGGGACAUUCAGGAGACCCAAAUGAAGUAUUUAUCGGAGUGGGACCAGUGGAAACGGUAUAGCAGUAAGUCUUGGAAGAGGUUUGUUGAGAAGGCUCGAGAGAUGGCCGCCCACCUGGAGCUGUGGCGGGAGGACAUUCGCAGCAUAGAAGGGAAAUUUGGCACUGGGAUUCAGUCCUAUUUCUCCUUCUUGCGGUUUCUGGUAAUACUCAACUUGGUGAUAUUUCUGAUCAUCUUCAUGCUGGUUUUGCUCCCAAUCUUGCUCACCAAGUACAAGAUCACCAACAGCAGCUUUGUCCUCAUUCCAACCAAAGACGUAGAUAUUCAGUGCACGGUUUAUCCAAUAAGUAGCUCCGGACUGGUUUACUUCUACACUUACAUCGUAGACUUGCUCUCUGGCACUGGUUUUUUGGAGGAGACCUCGCUCUUUUAUGGACAUUACACCAUUGAUGGGGUGAAAUUUUACAACUUCACCUAUGAUCUGCCCCUGGCUUAUUUAUUAAGCACAAUUGUCUACCUAGCCCUCAGCCUUCUUUGGAUUGUGAAAAGGUCUGUGGAAGGGUUCAAAUACAACCUGAUCCGGAGCGAGGAGCACUUCCAGAGUUACUGCAACAAGAUCUUUGCCGGCUGGGACUUCUGCAUCACCAACCGCAGCAUGGCCGAGCUGAAGCACAGCAGCCUGCGGUACGAGCUGCGAGCAGAUCUGGAGGAAGAAAGAAUACGGCAGAAAAUAGCAGAAAGGACCUCAGAAGAAACCAUAAAGAUUUACUCCCUAAGACUGUUUUUGAACUGUAUUGUCCUGGCUGUGUUAGCAGCUUGCUUCUAUGCCAUCUACAGAGCCACUAUAUUCUCGCAAGAGCACAUGAAAAAAGAAAUUGACAAGAUGGUUUUGGGAGAGAACCUCUUAAUAAUGUACCUGCCUUCUAUUGUGAUCACCCUGGCCAAUUUUAUCACCCCCAUGAUCUUUGCCAGGAUCAUCUACUAUGAGGAUUAUUCCCCAGGCUUUGAGAUCCGGCUGACAAUCCUUAGGUGUGUCUUCAUGCGGCUGGCCACCAUCUGCGUGCUGGUGUUCACACUGGGCUCUAAGAUCACUUCCUGUGGUGACAGCUCCUGUGAGCUCUGCGGCUACAACCAGAAACUCUACCCGUGCUGGGAGACCCAAGUUGGGCAGGAAAUGUACAAGCUUAUGAUCUUUGACCUCAUCAUCACCUUGGCUGUGACCCUGUUUGUGGAUUUUCCUAGAAAGCUCCUGGUGACCUACUGCUCCUCUUCAAAGCUGAUUCAGUGCUGGGGCCAGCAGGAAUUUGCCAUUCCUGAUAACGUUCUAGGGAUUGUUUAUGGGCAAACCAUUUGCUGGAUCGGAGCCUUUUUCUCACCCCUCCUCCCUGCAAUUGCAACCUUGAAAUUCAUUGUCAUCUUUUAUGUGAAAGAGAUGAGUCUUCUGUAUACCUGCAGACCCUCCCCAAGGCCGUUCAGAGCGUCCAAUUCUAAUUUCUUCUUCCUGUUGGUGUUGUUGAUUGGGCUGUGUUUGGCAAUAAUACCUUUGACGAUCAGCAUGGCCCGCAUCCCUUCCUCAAAAGCCUGUGGACCGUUCACCAACUUCAACACCACCUGGGAGGUCAUUCCCCGCACGGUGAGCACGUUCCCCAGCUCGCUGCAGUCGCUGGUGUACAGCAUCACGUCGGAAGCCUUUGCGGUGCCCUUCUUCAUGAUCAUCUGCCUCAUCAUGUUCUACUUCAUCGCCCUCGCCGGGGCCCACAAGCGCGUGGUGGUCCAGCUCCGAGAGCAGCUGUCCCUGGAAAGCCGGGACAAGCGUUACCUAAUCCAGAAGCUGACGGAAGCCCAGAAGGACAUGAGGAGCCGACUAGAAUGACCUGAAGAUGCUGCUGCCUAUUGUUUACAAGCUGACCUAGGGGCCUGCUGAGCCCACCUGGGUUUUGAGCAGGAAAUUUUAAAUAUAUUUUUCUGGAGUU